GCGUAAACAACAUGGUGGCCACUUAGGUUAGGAAAACCAGUUUCCUGUAUAAAAGUCUAGUAAAAACGCGAAUCUUGACACAAAACUUUCACCGAUUGGCUGAUAUAUCGUAGGAGAAACCAUGAGUACGACCAGCAGUGCCAAAAUUAAGGAUAUUCGCGACGAGAGGGUCCCCGAGUGCCUCCACUGGAGUUGUGAGGAUGUGGCCAACUGGGUUGAGGAGCUGGGAUUUCCUUAUUACAGGGAUUGUUUCUUAACAAAUUUGGUCAACGGAAGAAAGCUGAUACAAGUGGAUGCUUCAGCAUUGCCCAGACUCGGUAUCACAGAUUUUGAGCAUAUCAAAGUGAUAUCUAAAGGUAUUCGAGACCUACUUUAUAUAGAAGAGCCAGAUUGGUCCCGACGUAUUGGCCUACCUCCACGUGAAAACAUUGGAAUGUACCUUGAGACAAAAUCAAGAACUGGAGAAAGAUCUGAUGACAUGACAUUCACAUCAUAUCUCUUGAAACACGAAGGAGUCAUUUGGCAGCCACCUUUAGCCAACCAUUGCCUCAUCUUACCCCAUGACUGAGGAAAUGAUUGGAGGGAAUAUAAGAAUAAAGACAGAUUAAUGUGUAUUCCAAAGAAUGCUUUUCUCAGCAUUUGAAAGGUUGAGAUGAAUGAUGUUUAGAGCCACAACCAUGAAGACUAGGUGCUUGGGAUGGUGAAGCCAGCUCCAUAUCUUGAUUGAAGAACAAUGAGGAAUACUGGCUAAAGGAACAACCCUUACCACGAAACUGUAUAUGUUGUAAAUAAAAAUUGAUCUAUUCUUU